CCCUCCCCCACCAUAAUAAAUAUCGAGUCGCGACCAGGCACCACUCUUUGGUUCUGAUCUCGCAGCGAUUUCAAAUUCUCCUGCAAUAAACCGAAGCCUUACUCUUGAGAUAUAUAUCUACGGCCAGGUUUGCGUUGUAUUUCAUAUCGACGAUGCCUUCUUCCACCAAGGUGUUCUCCCUCGAGGGGAGAGGUCUGAAGCUGGACACUGCUGAGGACUUGGAGCCUCACAUUGCUCCACUCCUCGCCAUGGACGAUGUCGAAGAAGUGCACAUGCUUGGCAACACGUUGGGCAUCGGCGCUUGUAAGCUACUCGGUGAGGUUCUUGCGACAAAGAAGACAUUGCGGGUCGCAAACCUCGCCGAUAUUUUCACCGGACGGCUCCUCAACGAAAUCCCGGAGGCCCUUAGUUCCCUUCUCACUUCGAUCCUCAACCUUCCGCGUCUCAACACAAUCAACCUCAAUGAUAACGCUUUUGGCCUCAACACGCAAGCGCCGCUGGUCGCCUUCCUCGCCGCGCACGUGCCACUGCAGCACCUCUACCUCAACAACAACGGCCUCGGCCCGCACGCCGGCAUCCUGAUCGCCGACGCGCUCUCAGAGCUGCACGCCAAGAAGGAGGAGGCGCGCAAGAAGGGGCAGGAUGUGCCAUACCUCGAGACGGUCAUUUGUGGCCGCAACAGGCUGGAGAACGGCAGCAUGACGGCGUGGGCCAAGACGUUCAAGCUGCACAACAAGGUCAAAGAGAUUAAAAUGGUACAAAACGGCAUCCGUCAGGAGGGCAUUUCGCAUCUGCUGAGCGAAGGGUUGCGCCACACAUCGGCUCUCGAGGUGCUGGAUCUCCAGGACAAUACGUUCACCUUGCUGGGCGCCCGCGCGCUGGCUGAGGUUGUGCCUGGCUGGGCCGAGCUGGUAGAGCUGGGCGUUGGCGAUUCCCUGCUUGGCGGGAAGGGCGGCGUCCUGCUGGCCAAGUCUCUUGGUCUUGGGAAGAACAAGAAGCUCAAAAUUCUGCGCCUGCAGUACAACGAGAUUACAGCCCCAGGUAUCAAGGGCCUGCUCAAGGCUGUCGAUGAGGCACUGCCUGUUCUCAAGAAACUUGAGCUCAAUGGUAAUAAGUUCUCCGAGACCGACGAGUCAAUCAUUGCCCUGCAAGAACUUUUCGAAAAGCGCAAGGAGAAGCUUGGCGGCGACAUCGUCAUUGAGGACGAGUGGGGCCUGGACAGCCUGAGCGAUCUUGAGGAAGAGUCGGAGGCCGAAGAAGAGGAGGAGGAGGAGGAAGAGGAGGAACUCGAGCCCGAGGAGAGGGCCGAGAAACUUAUCAAAGAGGCCGAGGAGGCGCAAGAAGAGCCGGUUGUCCAGACCAAAGACAAAGAUGUUGACGAACUGACGAAACAGUUGGAGAAGACGUCUAUCUAAGGGCUGGUGAUUGUGGACAGUUAGAUAGUUGCAGCGGAAGGGACUCUUGAUGACCUAUUCGGAGCGGAUGUCCAGACGAUACCCAGGUGAAGGCUGGCGAUGGAUUUGGGGGUAGGCAAUAGACUAUGAAGCGUCGCAUUGGAUGUCUGGGAUGAUUGCACUGGUUAUUCAGGCCAAAGAUCAAUGGAGGGUUCAUGACAUGCAAGUGUUCAAGGCAAUACAUAGUCUUGUGAUGAAUAUCAGCCCUCUACGGUGGUAUCUGUAUGCAGCUCUUUUGUCUCUGAACAUGUGCUCUC